AUCCCAUCGAGAAAAUGAAGAUAUUAUUCUAUAGCCAUAAGCAUCUUCAUCUUCAUAUCUUAUUCAAUAUCUACCUACUAAAGACCUUAAAUAUUCCGUAGUAUCCCUUAUCGCAUAUCUCAAGCACGAGCUCCAUCCACCAAAAUGGCACCCGCAAGACCUAUUUCUGAACUCGCAUCCAUUAUCGAGCGCCAUUCGCGAACCCUCGAGAAUGAGUUGAAAGACUCUCCUAUCUCAAAAUUCUCUAUUGAAUUUGGAGCCCCACCACAAGUCGAGAUCCCGGCUGUUCUCGAAGCUACCCGCAGUGAGCUCAUCGAGACUAUCGAUGAGCUUCGCAUCCGCGUUCUAGGCCCGUUGGGCUAUCUCUUGACGUUGAUGUUCCCAGUUCCCGCUUUAGCCGGUGUUUUCCACGUCUUGUACAAAUUUGAUAUUCCUUCCAAUGUUCCCAUUUCCAAGGAAUCCAUUUCAUACAAGGAUCUAGCAGAACGCUGCAAUAUCCCAGAGGACGACGUACGCCGUAUAAUUCAGUCAGCUAUUACUUUCCGUGUCUUCGAGGAAGUCGAGCCCGAAGUUUCCAUCAGACAUAACGCUAUUUCUUCUACGCUUGCUAUCCCUCACCUGAAGGACAUGCUUGGACUGGUUCUUGAAGAGCAGUUGCCUGGCACUACCAAACUUACCGACAGUAUCAAGCUAUUCCCCGGUAGUGGAGAGCCAGGACAUUCCGCCUCGGUGUUGGCAUUCAGGGAGGCCAAAGCGGUCAAGAACAGCGGACUUGAAAAGGAAGUGGUUGAUCCCAGCAAGAGUUUCUUCGACUGCAUUGCUGAGGAUGAGGAACGUGUUGCUCGCUUCCGUUCGGCCAUGGGGAUGUCAACUAAGUCUUUAGCUUUCAAGUCGUCGUUCUUCGUUGAUAGUUUACCGUGGGCCGAUAAGAGCCAGUGUCCUGAAACUAUCGUCGAUAUUGGUGGAGCUGGUGGUGAAAUUGCCCAAGCAAUUCUGCGCGGCCACCGUAAUGUUAAAAAGGCCAUCGUAUUGGAUCUUCCGGAGGUUGUAGGCGACGCCAAGGUCCCUGAGGAUUUGGAGGGCAAGUUGGAGUAUGCCAGUUACAACUUCCUCACUGAAACAGUAUCACACCCGGCGGAUGCAUACAUCUUCCGUCAUAUCUUCCACGAUUGGAGCGACCAGUAUGGUACUAAGAUUCUGAAGAAUCUGGUACCAGCUCUCAAGAAGGGGGGCAAGAUCUGGCUCUCCGAAGUCGUUCUCCCUAAUUUGAACGAAAUGAAUCUUUCAAAAUCACAAAUGCAGAGGGCCGCGGAUAUCUUCAUGAAGUCCGGAUUUAACGGCAAGGAGCGCAGUAGGAAGGGUUGGGAGAAUCUGUUGGCCCUUGCUGAUGAGAGGCUCCGAAUCGUGAGCGUUACAAAGCCCGAGGGUGCUCACGACUCGGUCAUUGAGAUCGUUUUCGACGCUUAAAUGAAUCCAUUGGGAUAAUCAUAGAACUGUACUUCAGAUUAUAUCAUUGUUGGCGUUAGGUGUCGUCUCCACACAUGAAUUAGUGUAGUGUAUCAAUAAUACGAGCAAAGUUAUGUUUUUUAAUGUUAUAUUUUUUAAUGUUAUGUUUU